CAGCAUACUCGCAUGGAAAGACCGCGCCAUUCGUUCAGAUAAAUUGAAUUUAACCACUCGCUCGAAACCGCUAUGCCAAUAAACAACCAGCUCGAACUGUAGAAAAAGCCUCACGCCAAACAUCCACUGCAGCCCCGCGAAGCAAUGGAUCUCAUCGACCCCACCACUUCCACCCGCCUCCCUCCCGACUCCAUCCAGCGCAUCCUCUUCCUCUCUCCCACCGUCCAUGUCUACAACCCCCCUCCCCCAGCAUCCAGCAAGGGCCACAUUGCCGCAUCAUGGACCUCUCCCGUGUCGCGCCAGAUCUUCACCGCCCGCCUCCGCAUCCUCGAAACCGCGAUACCUACCCCCCAAGGCGGCGAGAAGCUGAAGGCUGAUAUCCUGCUCGAGGAUCCGAAGACAGGAGAGCUGUUUGCGGCGGCGCCGUAUACGACGCCGGCUGUGGUGGAGCAGGUGGCGGACUCGAGUCGGUUCUUUGCUGUCAGGGUCCAAGACCCCAGUGGGAGGAAAGCAGGGUUGGGAAUUGGGUUUGAGGAGAGGUCGGAUGCUUUUGACUUCAGUGUUGCGCUGCAGGAAAUUCGCAAGACACUUGGCCUUGAUGUCGUGGCUGGAGACCCGCGUAGGCCUGCGAAGAAGGAUGCAGAUGCUAGCAAAGUGGAACGCGACUUCAGCCUCAAGGAAGGGCAGACUAUAACUGUGAACCUUGGUGGAAAGACAGGCAAGGGCAGGAGAUCUUUGGGCGCAUCAUCGAGCGGCGGUGGCAGCGAAUCCUCUUCUGGUGGAGGGUUUUCAUUGCCACCACCGCCGAAUGCACAAGCGGGUUUCCUACCCCCUCCUCCAAGUGCCCAGGAUGUGAAGGCGCAGAAAAGGCUAAGCCAGACGCAAACUCCGCCUGCACCUGGUUCAAUCGGGGAUCUUGGAUUCGAUGAUGGGGAAUUUGGCGAAUUUCAGUGACGAAGAAACGAGAGUUAAUUGGAGCGGAUGAAUAUGUGCUGUUACUAUUGUAAAUAUACCCAAGACAACAAAUAUGCAAUACAGUACAAGCG